GUGACGUCAUUUUUUUGACGUUGCUUCGAUACAUCUUGCCGCGAUAUUUCAGCUUUGAAAGGUCGACACAACUGUGAGGAGUAACAUCGCUUGUGUAUUUUCAGACUUUACACCGUCUGUGUGGAUUCUCUGAACGGCUCGGCCUGGUCGUGCUAACCCCGGAGAAGAAGCCCACAGCCCGGCUCGCAGUUUAUCCACCUCCAGCUGUCGAGCGUUCAUUUUCAGAGAAGUUAUCCCGGGUUAAAUUAGCAAAGCUUUUGUGGCACGAAAUAGGUCACACAGCUCCUUGUUGACAGCAGAGUCUGGCUUCUUUUCAUUCAGCGAGACUGCAGACGUCAACGGUUGCACGCACGAUGGUUUUAUUAAAAAACCUCCGUCCUCCCACCGAGGGAGUGAGGCACGAGCAAGCCGAGACCACGGCGGUGAUGAACGGCCAGAAGCUGGGCUGCGGCACGCUCUACGUCGCCGAAACGCGGCUGUUGUGGUUUGACGGCUCAGGGAUGGGUUUCUCUCUGGAGUAUCCCACCAUCGGCCUGCACGCCAUCUCUAGAGACGUCAGCGCUUACCCACAGGAACACCUGUACGUCAUGGUCAACGGCAAACUCACGGGUGAGAAUGAGGCAGAUAUGGCAGAGAAAGCGGCUGAUGACGAGGAAGACGACAGCAGUAACAGCAGCUGUGCCGGUGAUGAUGAUGAUGAUGACGAAGAAGCGAUCACCGAGAUUCGAUUUGUGCCCAGCGACAAGGUGGCAUUGGAGUCCAUGUUCUCAGCGAUGUGUGAGUGCCAGGCGCUGCACCCCGACCCAGAGGACGACGACUCCGACAACGACUUCGAAGGAGAAGAGUACGACGUGGAGGAGGCCGAGGCAGAGCACGGCCAUGCUGACAUCCCGUCCUUCUACACCUGUGAUGAGGGUCUGUCGGCGCUCACGCAGGAGGGCCAGGCCACGCUGGAGAGGCUGGAGGGGAUGUUAGCCGAGUCAGUCGCUCAGCAGUACCACAUGGCCGGGGUCCGAACCGAAGAAGCCAACGGCGAAUUUGAAGACGGUAUGGAGGUGGAUGCAGCAGCGAUGGAGGCCGGUCAGUUUGAGGACGCAGACGUUGACCACUGAGGGAAGUCAUCUCAGUCAAAGCACCAGUGUUGCAUCAUGGGAUUGGAGGCGAGGACAGCAGCACUUCUUUAAGGCUCUCAGCUCUUACUUGUAAUCAUCUCACUAGUCUUUUGAAGCUUCUUACAUUUUCUCUUGUGUUGAAUUGGAGCUCACAUGUUGUAUUGUGUUGUUGGCUUUCUGCUCCCCUUCAUCUUUACUAAUUUGUCCAAGUCAUAUAAGUAAAGUACGCUGCAUACAGCCAAGUCAGCUAACGUAGACUAUUGAGAUGCAGCCACAAAUAUCCAGAUCCUGUUGACUGUAAAAGAAAAAAAAGCUGAGUUUGUUUUGUACCUAACAACCAAUUUAAUAUCAGAUUCUCUGCAAAGGAGAGUUAAUGUCUUUGUAUGAAAUUGUCAAUAAAUGCAUAGUUUUUGUAAGAUA